AUGGCGUUCAUUGAAAUUUCUGGGCAUUGCUUUAGGGAUGGGGACAUUGCUCAGAAGGAGAGGUUCUGCUUGAUCUCCAGGGUUUUUCUUCUGCCUGCGCAGAAGCGACGCUGGGCCAGAAGGCAGGCUCGGCGUCGCCGCCUGCACUCCGCGCCGCCGCUCGGCCGCGCCCGCUACAUCUACACUGAGGAGGAGGCCAUCCCAUCGCCGCCAGGCCAACCACCACACCAGCCACCGCCGCACUUGGCGCGGCGGGCCAGCCGCCGCCGCCGCCACUCCGUGGGUGAUGCGCCGCUGCCGCCACGGCCCGCCACAUCGCCGCCGCUGCGGCCUGCCACAUCGCCGCCACCGCCGGCGAUCUGCUGCCGCCACUGCUGUUUCCCCCCCAAUAUGCCACUGGAGGGUGGGGGUAACCCAUCAUGCAACAAUCUUGUCGUGGGUGUCUGUGGCAAAAGGGCUAGGGAGAUAUGUAAACCGGGAACCCAGCUCUCCUCGCAAAGCCAGCUCAGCAGGGACACACCUGGGCAUCAGCUGAACAGGUUAAUGGGACUUCUUCUUCACCAGAAGAUUCCUCACGAGAGCAAAAGCAUGCAACAGAAGGCCAGCCGAACGAUGUCCAAGGAGGCAACCAAGCAGAAGCCAAUCUCUGCCGUCAGGUUCAUCAUACCCUGCUCUGUUUUGUGUGUCGGCUGGAGCUCGGAGCCCCUGUGCACGUGUGUCCGGCGUCCUCAGUUCUCCCGCGGCUGAGCAGGGCGAGAGUGUGGCUUCUCCAGGGGGCUUCUUUCUGAGCCAGACCUCCUCUCUCUAAGCGAGAGAAGAGAGCAGCAUAACCGUCAAGACUGUUAAGUGCCUGGAGGGCUUCAUCAUCUGCGUCCCGUUCUGUCCUCCCACCGGUCCAGGGUGGCAGCUUGAGCAGAAAGAUGGUCCACGCAGGCUUCCUGCUGAGCUGCGUGCCGGGUGGCAGUCUGGAACCAUUUCGCCUUUCCAACAGCCCUGCGGAGCAGGCAAAGUUUCAAGACUCAGUGGAGCAGAGCUGGAGAGAGCAAGGCAGCCGGGGACACGGAGGAAGUUGGGCUGCACGACACCAGUGAGGAAGUGGCCAAGCUGUGCCAUGCCAGGAUUGUGAGAACUGGACACGCUUGAUGCUCCCCCUGUCCAGUUAUGGUGUGUGUCGUCCGGGGAGAAGAAUGCUGUGCUUCUUCCUGGGAUCAGGACACUGGGGCACAACAGCAUCCUGCAUCCUGACGCUGUCUACAGAGAAAAGCUUGAUCUCUGGAGCCCCACACUGCAACCGUGGGUGGUGGUAGGUGGUGCUAGGGGCCUCUCAGAGUUGGGUUAAGUUGGGACGUUACUCCGUAUUUGGAAGGCUUUGUAGCUGAUAAGUACUUCACAGACGGUUUCAUUGCAGAGUGAGUGUGUGUGAGAUCUAUAAACGUGUGUAUGAAAUGGAUAACCAAUUGGCUUGAGUUUGGGGGUGAAUAUUUUUGUGCAAAUAGUCUGAGUUUGCUGGAAACCCUCUGUAUAAUUGGAUUUGGAAAAAUAAUUGUGUUUUGUGGCAUUAUUUAACACGUAUAAACUUUGUAAAGGAUG